AACUAACAUCAAGUCGCCCAAGUUCAUUGUGCGCUGAUUAUUCGCACCACUCGCUUGACCCCGCGUUCAAGAUGGCUGCCGAAUGAGAGAUUGUGUGAGUUUUGUGUCGAUUAUUCGGAGAUUUUCUCCGAUUUUAACGAAGUGUGAGUAGCAGACGAUGCGAGAAUUCGUUUGAUAUCUAAAUAUGCUCGAUGCAGGCUAUACAACGAUACAUAUUAGUGACCGUAUGUGGAAUAUUCGUUAUUCUGGGGUACGUUUGUCUUAACAGAUUGAGCCAUGUCGGGCAGAGGCGGAAUGGUCCAAAAAUCCUCCGUUCCUAUGUGGAUUGGGGAGAUUUCAGUUUCAACGAGGACCUCCAUUUGUCGACAAAAUUCAGACGGUCCGUUCCGUCACAGACCUAUCGGCAAAGAUGCCGAAUGUCUUCAUGCUUUGACUUCUCUUUGUGUGAGAAUGGAUUUAAAGUGUACGUUUAUCCGAGCUGGAAGAACGUUGUGUCGGACACAUUUUCCCAAAUCCUUACUGCCAUCGAGCAAUCCAGAUACUACACAAAUGAUCCUAAACAAGCCUGCUUAUUCAUACCAAAUGUUGAUACUUUAGACCAAGAUAAACUCAGCCACGAUUUUGUUCACGAUGUUCAAAGCAAACUUUCCGCCCUACCGUACUGGAAUAAUGGACGAAAUCACAUCAUUUUUAAUAUUUUUUCUGGAACGUGGCCUGAUUACACUGAAAAUGUUGGAUUCGAUUUUGGAGAAGCCAUUUUAGCCAAAGCAAGUUUAUCUGUUUCAAAGUUUAGAUAUGGAUUCGAUAUUUCUUUUCCACUGGUUGCGAAGGAUCAUGUUUUAAAAGGCGGAGAUAAGGGUUACUUGUACUCAUCUUCUAAUAAUAUACCCUCUCCCCGCGAAUACUUACUGGCUUUCAAAGGCAAACGCUAUUUAACAGGCAAGGGGUCAGAAACUCGUAACUCCCUCUAUCAUGUGCACAACGGAAAGGAUAUAGUUUUGUUGACAACUUGUCGUCAUGGGAAAAGUUGGGAGAAGAAUAAAGAUGCCCGUUGUGAUGAAGAUAAUAGAGAAUAUGACAAGUAUGAUUAUAAGAAGUUAUUGUAUAAUUCCACUUUUUGUUUAGUACCAAGAGGUCGUAGACUUGGGUCAUUUAGAUUUUUAGAAGUUUUACAAGCAGCAUGUAUACCUGUUUUAUUAAGUAAUCGAUGGGAAUUACCAUUUUCUGAAGUUAUUGACUGGAGUAAAGCCGUUGUUUCUGCUGAUGAAAGACUUUUAUUACAGGUUCCCUCCAUUGUUCGCUCAAUCAGCCAAUCAGAAAUUUUGUUUUAUAGACAACAGACACAGUUUAUAUGGGAAACUUAUUUAUCUUCCGUAGAAAAAAUAGUUUUAACAACUUUAGAGAUAAUUAAAAGUAGAAUAAAACGGCAUAAAAGUAGAGCAAAUAAAUUAUGGAAUUUAGAACCAGGAGCAUUAUCAAUUCUUCCAGAAUUUUCCGAUGUCAUGGAAAAGUUUCCAUUUUUCUAUCAUCAACUUGGCACGAAACCGGGUGAUAAGUUUACAGCGGUCAUUUAUGCCACAACACCAAUAGCGUUAGCGUCUGCACCACUAUUUAGAACUUUACGUAAUGUAGCUAAAUCACAAAAUGUUGUUAAGAUUAUAGUUUUAUGGCAUUGUGAUAUACCUCCACCACCAUCACAUAAAUGGCCAGGUGACCUUGGUGUUCCAGUUCUUGUUAAAACUAGAAAUAUAAAGACAAUUAGUGCCAGAUUUUUCCCAUUUAAAGAAAUAGAGACAGAUGCUAUUUGGAGUUUAGAGGAAGAUUCACUUCUUACAACUGAUGAAGUUGAUUUUGCAUUCAGUGUGUGGCAAGAAUUUCCUGAGAGAAUUGUUGGGUAUCCAGCACGUAAUCAUUAUUGGGAUGAAAUUAAACAACGCUGGAGUUACACUUCCAAAUGGUCUAACGAAUAUUCUAUGGUUCUAACUGGUGCUGCUGUUUAUCAUAGAUACUACAACUUCCUCUAUACACAUCAACUUCCACCUGAAGUAAUAGACACUGUCGACCAGUCCAAUAAUUGUCAUGAUAUUCUCUUUAAUUUCCUAGUCAGUCAUGUGACCAAGCUUGCACCAAUCAAAGUUACUCAACGUAAAGUUUACCAAGAAUCUGCAUUAACAAAUGUUAAUUUGAAUGCUAGUAAGCCAUUGUCAUGGUUACAGCAGCAUCAUUUUACACAGCGUGAACAGUGUAUGAACACAUUUACCCAGCAUUUUGGCACCAUGCCGUUAAUUCGAUCAAAGACUCGAAUGGACCCACUCUUAUUCAAAGAUCCUGUUUCAAAUAUGAGAAAAAAAUAUCGACAGAUAGAAACUGUCUGAUAGCUUUAAAUUUUUAAAAAAGGUCUGGCCAUACCACAAGUUGUAAAUAGAUAGUGAUUGAAUUUGAAUGUAAUAUCACAUGUGAUUUGAUAGAUUUUGUGACUUUUCAGCCAGAAGAAUACAAAAUGUGGAACCGGUUUAUAAUCUCAGUGCUGAUUUGCUGAUAUAUAUAAGUCAUCAUCUUAAUUCUUAUACUACUUCUGAUUGGCUGGUUUAUUGGUUGUGUUUUUGUAUAAAUGUUGUUUAUAUUGACCAAUCAGAAUUCCAUGGAAACAUUUUCAAAUAUUUUAUUAACCAAUCGAAAAGCAUAAAAUUUAUUUUUAAAAAAGAAAACCUGUAGUCAUCGUCUAUUCAUCAUUUCAGUUUUAUUUAGCUUGUAUUUUCCUGCUUUUUUUGUUUAUUCAAUAGUAAAUUCAUACAGCUACAAAUUGAAUCAAAAUGCACUAAUAAGAAAACUAAUUGUCUAUUAGACAGUCAAAUUAUAUGCUGUUGUUAUAUUAGAUUUAGAUAUUUAUUUGUUAAAUCUUUUGUCUAAUAUUUUUCUCUUUCUUCAAGGUAUAUUGUCUUUUAGAUGUAUAACCACUUCACUGAUUAAGAUACAGUCUUGAAUUUGGAGCCGGGAUAUCUAAUUUUAGUAUGUUAUAAAACUAAAAAUUAUUUCACUAUCAAAGUGUUGUUUCCAUAUUUGUGAACAUUGUAUGUCAUGAUCUUAAAUAAGUUUAAUCAAAAGGGCACCCAUUUUGUUGAAAGUGCAUGGUUUGAUUUUCAUGCAUAUUACAAUUAAAGGACAAUAUACCUUUUAAAUAGGGUGCGGUUAAUUUUAUUUAGUUGUAUGAUCAAAAGAGUGAUUUCCCUUGCAAUUUCAGAUGCAAAAUUUCAAUUAACUAUAGCACAAAUAGUAAAUCAAAAUAAUCUUAACUGUAUAUUCAUGUUAUUUAUUCUUGCAGUAGGGCUAGUUAUAUCUAUUUUAUAUAAAUUAAGUUUAUCUCUGCUGUAGGAAACAGUUAUGUUAUUCUCUGUAUAAACGGUUUUCAACAAAUGAGAAGAUUAUAUAAUUUUUAUUUAUAAAUACUGUAUAUUUUGAUCGUUGUCUAGUAUUAAAGUAAUUUCAACCAUUGUCAUUUUGAAGUACUGUGUGCUAUAACCUGCUGCUCUUUCUUAAUUAUAUGCAAGAAAGAAGUUUGAAGUCAUAUUGGCAAUUCAGGCUGAGCAAUGUUGAAACUAUUUUAAUGCCAGAUAUGAAUAAAAUAUAAAGAAUCCAGAAUCUCUGUAACAGCUUGAGUUCUUCUUUAAUGACUAAAUUUCCAACAGUAAGUUUAUUAAAUGUACAAAGUUUGCUGAAGUACAAUACAAAAUUUGCAGGAAUGAAAUGGGGUUUAACAUCCUACUUUUAAAAUUUACAGAGGUUGAUAAAUGUUGAAUAAGGAGUUGACUUUAUAAUAUCAAAAGGUCUUUUAAAUUAUUAUGUAUUAGAUACUUUUAUGUUUAUUAAAGUUUACUAGAAAACAGAAGAUACCAUGUUGGGUAAAUUAAUAUAUUUUACAGAUACCAUGACAAACACUAGCUGCGAUGAAAGAAUCAACUUGAUGAUGUUCAAAUUUAAAUACGACACAAUUUUUCUAUAGAUUUACAAAUUGGACAGUAAAGUAAGAAAAUAUUUUGGUAAAAAUUAAUUUCUCGAUUCAUAUAUGUUAGAUUUUGGUUGACUUCUGUAAUUUGUACUUUAUCAGCAUAGAUUUGAUAUAAACAGUUAUCUCCUCCUGACAUUAUUCAAGAGGAAUUUUAAAUUAAAGUUAAUAGUCCAUAAGAUGAUUCAAAUAAAAUUUAAGUUAAAGUGCACAUAAGAUGGGCUUGGAAAAUUUUGGAUAUGUGUAGCCAAUGGUUACAAUAUCAACUUUACGGCAAGUUCACACCAAUCUCAUUGAAAUUAAUUCAGUUAUCUUCACUCAAAGUCGUAAAAAUGGACCUCCCGUAAAAACGACUUUGCCAAUUAUCGAAAACACUCUUAAUCCCCUCAGACGCCAGUGACGUCACAGUGACCGAAUGCAUAUUCGAAAUGUUUAUUCCUUAAUUACCUAUAUACAGCCGGCAUGUGUACUCAUUAACGCCCGACUGGUUCCUUAAUCCCCCUUAGUUCCUUAAAUAUAUAAAACAAUUGACUACGGAAUAAUUUGUUUUGUAAUUCAUUUUAAUUUAAGAUUCAAUUUAGAAUUUGUUUCUCAUGACAGCAAUUUUAAUACCCUCUAACAUCGUGUGCAGUCCAAUUGAUUAGAAAUACAUUUUCAUCAAAAGAGUAUUGUGGUUCUAAUUUCCCUGAGUAAAAAAGUACAGGGGUAAAAAAUGUGGUCACGCAAAUUGUAUCAUAAAAGUCAAACAUGAAUAAAAAGCGAUUUGUAAAUGACGAUCCGUUAUCGUCGUACAGCGGAUUUGACUUCAUUACUCUGAAAUAGAUCGUAAAAAUGAAAUGCGAAAAAAUAUCUCAAUAUACAGUACAAAUAAAUUUUGUUGGUAACCAUCUAAAUGGAAUAACAGACAGAUUGAGAAGUGUCAUCUAACUAUCUUUGUGUAUUGAUAAUAAUAUGACAAGUAGUGUCGUUAAUAUCUGUCAUUAAUUAAUCAAUGCGACUAAACUUAUACAGACUUGGGGGUCAUUAAUUAAUUUACAUCUCGGUGUUAGCAGUGAUUGUUAGUGGCAUUAAGAAUGCUGAUUAGGUAAUUAUCUUUUUUACGCCGGCCAGAUCAAAGGCAUCACUCUAGGUGGAACGUGUGCGUAGUACCUACAAAUGAACUAAUGGUAGAAUCGUACAGACACAUAUUUAUUGUAUAAAAUAAUUAAAUUUUACUCAUCAGUUGUUUAUAAUUGUUAUUUAAUUUUUGUGUUUGUGUAAUCAAGUAGCAUCACAUUAUUUGUUGACUGGCGUUGAUAUGAAAUAUUCUUUAUAAUAAAAGUAUUUUACAAUUGCAUUGGCAGUUUAAUCACUCACCAAAUGGCAUCAGGAACUCCACGUAUUUAAUAUGCAUGUCCAUGAAUCCCAUGGAAUUUUCGCACCAAAGUUUAACCUCAGUAACUACGCCCGUAGUGCAUGGAACCGUACAUGGCAAUAAGAUUCCCAACGUUGAUUGGCUGAGAAAUGAGGGCGAUCUAUGCAUGCUUUCUUAUCGGAAAAUUCCAUAUUCGCUGUGAAUUUCAAAUUGAGUUACGAUACAAGUUGUUCUUUGUGUAUAGAAAUGGUUAUUAUUAUUAUGUAUAGCUAAUAAUGAAUAUAAUCGACAAUUGACUGGCAUCAUUUGUAUUUCUAUACUUAAGUUUGGGAUAUCCGCAAGUAUUACGGGGUUAUCCAAAUUACCGGUAAAUGCGCUAAUUGCUUGAGUCAUCUUCAUUUGACACGUGGCCUAUUUAAACAAAGGCAGCUUAAAUUGAUCUACGGCAUGAUACGGCAUUUUAAAUUCACUCUAAAAUAUUCCAAUCACAAAUGUCUAAUCUAUACCAAUGAAAGACGAUAAUUCGGUGAUUAUGAUUAGGCCAGUCACGUGGUAAUUGGACCGUCAAUAGACGCUUGUCCAGUUGCCGUGUGUAUUGAUAGUGCUAUAUUGUACAGACAGUGAGAUAUUGUAUAGAUAAUGUAUAUCCUAUGUGUAGUGCCUGUGACGUCACCAGCCAAUCAACCGGAUUAAGGUCGUAAUUGAAAAAUCGAAAAGCAUUUUGGCGUGUCGGAUACUUAAACGUUAACAGCGGACUUAAUUUUAAUCAGAUUGGUGUGAACUUGCCGUAAAGUUGAUAUAGUAACCAUGGGCUAUACGUACAUUAAAUUUAGAUUUUUGAUCUUACGUGGUCUUUAAUAGUCCAUAAGAUGAUUCAAAUAAAACAAAAAUGAAUUGGACUGAAAGACAUCUGAAUCAGAGGAUGACUUUUCUUAAUAAUUUACUGGUAAGCUAUAGGGGGGGAUAACUUCUAUACAGAUAACUGUAUAGCACUACCUAGAACGAAGGUUGUAUCAUUGCCAAAUAUAUACAAUUUAUAAAAUAUUCAUUAGUUUCUCAUUUACAUAUUUUUUAUUCAUGAGAAUUCUAAUUCAUUUAGUUUCCAUUUAAUCUUACAAUUAAGUAACCUGUUUCUAUGAAUGAAAACUUUUUGUGUGACCAGUUUUCAAUAAUUAAAACUUGAGAUUUGAUGAAAAAAAAAUAACAAACAUUUGCAUUUCUUGAUUAUAUGUUAUCAAUUUAAUGUCAAGAAUGAUAAUUUUAACAACUUAAACUGUAACAUAGCUAAAGCAAGGUACAAAAAGUCGCAAGCAUUCCCGGUAGUAAAAUGCUAGUUAUGCAACUUGACCUGAUGUUGUGAAUUUUAAAGGGAGAGUAUGAGUAGAAGUGCCCUUUUUUACCAAUAAUUCGGGAUAUAUUAAUUAAUUAAAUAUUUAAUAGCACUCAAUGUUUCUAUUACCGGUAAUGGUUAUUAUACUUGGUGAUGUUGCCUAGAACAAAAUUAAAAAGCACAAUUUUCUGUUUAUACUCUUCCUUUACUUUAAACCUAAACUUUUCUUUUAUAGAUCUCAUUUCAAUAGGGCUUUUCUGUAAUGCCAAUAAGGACUCGAUUUGUCUUUACUCACAUUGACAAUAUUGAUGUUUUUUCAAAUAAAAAUAUGCUUCAUUUUCCUAUUGUAUAAUUUUUUGGAUUUUAUGAAUUGAGAAAGAGAAAUUAGAUAAAAACAAAGAUUUUUUAAAGAAAAAAAAACAAAUCAUUAUCAUGCAUAGUAUAUCUACUUUUAUUUGAUAUUUUAUUAUUAUAGCCUCUUGUUAUCAGGUCUUUGUGCUAAAUAUAUUAGUUUGAUAGUGCGGAAGGAGGGGUUAGAAGCUUUAACCGAAAAAAGUUUUAAUUGUUGAACUUUAAUAGAAAUCCAGUCUGUUACUCCAAAUAUUUUAUAAUUGUGCAAAUUUAUUUAUACCAAAUAAUCAAGAUUACAGAUGCUUUUGUAAUUAGUAUAUACAAAAAGACCUGAUUCAAGAGGCUAUUACUAUGCUUCUUAUUAUAUAUGUGUAUAUUACAAGUCAUUCUAAGGUUGCUUUUAUACUAUGAUAUUUAUACUUCAUACUGGAUGAUUGAGACUGAGAGCUAUGAAUGAAUGAAUGAGUUUUGUAAAUUGAAAGAAGUUUUUUUUAAAUAGCAUGUGUGAGUCUUUACUUCAUCAGCAUAUUAUUGUCAUAAAUUAUAAAAAAUGUGUAAUAUUGACCUUUUGACCCUGUCUCACAAAUUAUUCUAAUUAAGAGUUUCAAACCUCACAUAACAAUGAAUGUUUUACAUAGAGAUAAAAUUGCCUUAGCUUGGAAGUUAAAAACCCCCAAAGAAAUGUUUUUUAUUGUGGAAGCUGAAACAGACUAUAACCUUAAAUCAUUGUCAGAACUAAUUGUUGUAUUCUGGUUAAAAAAAUCAACAAAAUGUAAUUUACACAAUAACAGUCUUUAUCUAAAAAUGUAAACAAUUCUCUUUGUUUUAAAAAAAAUAUAUUAUGUUCAAGAUCUUCCAUAGUUUUUGUCAAUGUUUACACUUUAAAUUAGAUAAGAGUUGUUCAACAGGGUCGUCACCAUAACAACUGAUGAAUCUUUAUAUGUCUAUGUUUCAAUGUACAAAUAAAUGUUUUUGUGUUAAAUUGUUCUGUAAACAAUAAUUCAGUGUUCUGUGGAUUUAUCAAUUUUUUUUUGUGAAUGAUGUACAAUGUUGAACUUUGUAUGAUAUAUUAUGUAAUAUAUAAACCUGCUUUUCUAUAUUGUAUUGGACAAGGAAUACAAUACCUAUUAACUGACAUGAACUCACUUUUAAGAAAUAAACAGGAAUAAAUUGUAUUAUUAAAUUUUGGGAGGUUGAGUGGCUAAAUGGUUUAACUGUGCACAUAAGAGUGUAAUGUCUGUCAUUGAGUCAAGUGGCUUGGUUUCUAUUGAAUUAUUUAAAUAAAAUCGAACCAUACGUUAGUCCUGAAAUGACCUGGUUUGUGUUGAAUGCACGUUAAACCAAUUUCUUUCUCUCUAUAUCAGAAUGAUCCAAGUUAAGUUCCAUGGACACUUUUAUCAUAUGAUUCUUUUAUUUUUUGCAAGUUUUCUUUUUAUUAAAAAGUGAUGUUCAUAUGUCAAUAAAUGUAAAUAUUAUACAAUACACAAUGGCUGCCAGUAUAUCCAACUAAAGAAAUAUUCUACGAGAAUUUUUAUAUAUAUAUAUACAAUUAUUUCAAAUUUUCUGUGUUUAUUGAUAAUAAUAAUUAUUUUAUUUAUGAUUGUAUGCUAUUUAAGUUUCAAAUUGUAAUAAGUUAUCUCCCUUAGGCAUGUCUUCGCCGACUGCUAAUACUUUGUGCUGUAUGGGGUAGUCCUAGUUUAGCUAAAGUCAUGACAUACUGACCCUUACUAUUUUGAAUAUGUGGUGACCUUUCUUUAGAUAAAGUCAUACUUAUUGUAUAUUUACGGUCAGAUUUGAGUAUCAAGUUUAGAAGCAGACUAAAAAUAGAUUUCUGAUUGAUAUUUGUUGAAUGUUAAAUACUUUUGUUCUAAAAUGUAAAUAGUUACAAGAAAUCAUAAAUCUUUCAAAUUUAAAUAUUCUGAAUUGUGAAUCCAAUGGGAAUAUCCCUUUAAAUGUUUGACUUUAGCUAAAAUAUGAGUACUCCUUUAAACAUUUAUAACCAAUAGAAAAUCAAAUUUGUUGUUUUUUAAAAUAGUGCUUUAAAUUGUCACGAUUAAAUGGUCUCAUUUGAAGAAAAAAAAAAACAACUGCUGAAUUAUUAAAACUUACUUUCACAAACUUAAUAUCAUCCCAUUAAAUUUGUUAGAUCAUUGAUUUGUUAAAAAAUUUAAUUAAAGAAAGGAUAUAUGAACCCAUUCAAAAUGGCAGGGCCAUUCAUUGUGUAAGGCUUAAGGCUAUUUAGGAUAACUCUUAAUUUCAGUUUGUAUAAUAUGUUUCAGUGGACAAAUUUCUACAAUAAGUUUUCACAAAAGAAAAUAUAUUAUGCAGCAUUGAGGUUUACCUAUUUCAAAGAACAAUAUAAUAUACAUCUGUGUAGAUAAUCAAUUGUUAUAUAUAUAUUAUAUCAAAAUUAUUCAUAAUCAAAUUACAUUAUAGAUAUGAAACUAUCUGAAAUUGAAUUUUAAUCUGCACUCUGUUAUUCUUACAAUGUUGUAGAGUCUGUUUAAACCUAAUAUAUAUUUAUGAAUAAUUUUGAUCCAGUAAACUUUACUGUAAAAAUUGAUUUAUUCUCACCUGAUGUUCAAAAUCGAUAAUUCAUUUAAAAUAUAUUUGAUCAUUAAAAUGUUUUUAAGAUUACCUUUUUUCAUUGGCCAAGAGUUAAAAUCUGAGCAUAAAUUCCAGUAGUUAACCAAUGAAAUGAGGGUAUUGUUAAAACAUCUCAAAACUUUUGAAGACGUAGGUUUCAUAAAUUCUGCAAUCCCCACCUUGUAUAAAAUCUGAAUUUCUUUUAGAAAGUGUGUAUUAUUGUGUAAUUGUCUGAUAUGAUAUUAUAUACAUACACUAUUAUAUAUUAUUAUUAUUAAACUUGAUAAACAUUUCAUCAAUAAAAAUAAUGUACUAUAAUAUUUA